GAGAAAAGGAGGAGAAGCGGGUAUAUAGAUUCAUAGGAGGUGAGGACUUCAGUUAGCUCUUGCAUUGGGCUGAAACUGGUGGGCCAGGCAGAAAGCACAACAAUGCAUUCUACUACAAUCCUUCUGUGCAUCUUGUCUGGCUUGCUGAGCCAGGCAUACACUCUACCAGUUAAGGUCAGUACUAAAAGAAAACUAUUUUAAUAUAAUAUGCCUCUGUAUGGUGUCAUGCUUUGCAAAAAGUUAAUAAAAAAAUGACUUUUAAUUGUGAUGAACUUUGGUUUGACAGAAUUCUACUGGAGUACAUGAAGGAAAAGUGAGGCUGAAGAGGAAAUACUCAGGUGGGCUCUUGAAGAAACUUUUAGGAGAACUCCAUGAAGCAUGUAAAUAUUACUCUACAUUCUGUUAGUAACAAUGUUAAUAUGGGAAGAAAACUCAAUCUGACUUUCUUACUGUGCCCAGAUGAAAUCACAGACCGUGAAGAAAUGAACGCAAUGGACCAAAUACUGGAGGUCAACAGGAGUGAGUAAACCAUUAAUCACAAAAUGAAGCUGUUAUCGGUCUUAACAAUGUUUCUGAUACUACAUGAUUGUUUUUCUCAUCUCAUUAGAGUUCCGGGCCCCUCGAGGUCUAACAUUAAGAGAGGGAGAUAUUGCCAGCUCACAUAUAAGGAGCGCCAUCACCUGCCCUGGCAAUGCCUGUCUGUGGCCCAAAGCAAUUGAUGGAUUUGUUUAUGUUCCCUACAUUGUCUCUCCGUUAUAUGGUAGGAAUCCACACAUUAAAACAGGUCUUGACAUUCAUGUAGAAGCUCAAAUAUUUCUCUUUAACUUGAGUUUUUUUUUUUUUUUUGAUAGAUGAUAUGGACAGAAUCACCAUAGAAACAGGGAUGCAGGACAUUUCCUCUUCAACAUGCAUUAAAUUUAUUCCACGCACUCAUGAAGCCAACUUCCUGGAUAUUCAGCCCAGAUAUGGGUGAGUAGGCCUGUGUGGCUUUUAAAACUAGAUUUGAAAUGUACUGAUCAUGGAUCUUACUUGGUGUUUUUGUAUUAUAACUGUGAUUGUUUUUUUUCUGCACCCAGCUGCUGGUCGUUCCUGGGGCAGACUGGAGGGAGUCAGACCCUGUCCCUGCAGUCUCCUGGGUGCAUGUGGUCAGGAGUGGCUGCUCAUGAGUUCAUGCAUGCGCUUGGCUUUGUGCAUGAACAGUCUCGUUCUGAUCGAGACCGCUAUGUUUCAAUUAUAUGGAAGAACAUUAUACCAGGUAAAGUUUGAAGAUACUUCCAGAGAAACUUUCUUCAAUUAGUUAGUAAAACUUUAUUUUUUUUCAGAAAUCAGAUUGAAUGUUUUUUUUAUCUUUGCUUUUCUGCAGACCAGAUGCAUAAUUUCAAAAAACAGCUGACAAACAACCUCAACAGCCCGUAUGACUACAGCUCUGUCAUGCAUUAUGGAAGGUGAGCUGUGUGACAAAAUAACAGUGAUUUGACGUUUUGCUGGGUGUGACAGUGUAACAGAACCAUACUCUGUUAUACAGAUAUGCCUUCUCUGAAGAUGGCGGACCAACAAUCAUUCCCAAACCAGAUCCUUACAUUCCCAUCGGCCAGCGAGAUGGACCCAGCAUGCUUGAUCUUCAUAAAAUCAACAUUCUUUACAAUUGUGGUGAGUGAAGCAACAUCUUUGCAGACUGGCAGAAAUAUUUCUUACAUUUGUAUGGAUUGAUUUUUGCUUUUCUCUUCACCAUAGGUGCCACAGAUUAACUGGAUCCUGCUGUUUUAUCUGUCUCAUUUUGGAAAUGGCUGAUCAUAACCUCUGGUCUUGAGUAGAUUAUUUGUGCAGCUUAGCAGUUUUAUUUUUUCUGCUUAAUAAUUUGAGAAAUCACAAAUCCUAUUGUGUGCCUUUUGCAUGGUGUUUAGUUUGGUCUGACAACUUUCUACUAAUUAAAGCUACCAUGAGGGUAUUAAAAGGACAAGAAAUAGCAGAGCAGCACUUUUGUUCACAAAUUUUGUCCCUCUUUUUGCCACUUAUCUCACUGCAUCCAAUUUCUGAAACUGUUUGUUCAAUUCACCUGCUCCUUCUCUGCUUUUGCUUACUUUAAAUAAAAAAAAUGCAACAGCAAAA